AUGACACCUGCUGAUUGUCGCAGUGUGACGGUGCGUAUCGUGGCUCAGGAGCGGAAGUGGCAAUCGGAACAGCCGAAGAAAGCAGACGCUGCUACACGCCGUACAAAUCACGACGACGCGUUGAGUGCGAGAAAAACCCUGCAUGACCGAGCAAACAAAGCAGACUUCCGCCAUGUGCCGCUAUUGAAUGGAGGCGAUCAGCAUCGGAACUCCCUCCGCCAGCAUAGCGAGCAAGCACACUCAUCAUCACUAUCGUAUCCCAACGAUCGGCUGAACCGACUUCGUCCCCAGUCCGAUGCCUUGAACCGCCGUCGAGCUCGGCUUGCCAGCCGCCAAGUAUCUCCAAUGGCCUUUUCGAGCAGCUCGCUUUUCGAUCCACCUCCUAGACGCACCAUCUCGUGGUCCCAUCACCAUCAGCGGCAAUGUCAACUCCACGACCAGUACAUUGAACGUCUCGACAAUACCGAAGUGCUCGGAGGCGAAGACAGCUCGGAUCAUCAUAUCGGCCACACCGGAUGCGUCAACGCUCUCAGCUGGUCUCCGUCUGGUCGCCUCCUUGCGAGUGGAAGCGAUGAUCGUAACGUAGUGCUUUGGAAGCUGGACUCUGCUGAGACUCAUCCCGUUACUGAUGUCAGCAAAGCUGAUCGCUCUCGCACAUCACAUCGCUACAACAUUGGUGCUUCGCGCCACAGUGUUCGUCAGCAAUUCACGUCGUCCCAAACAGCCUCGUCUCUGGACCUUCAGCCUGAUCACGAAGUCGACGACCCGCACACUGGCAGCGAUGGCGGAGACGAGAUUGUUCUACCAUGGCCUCAGCGCAACUAUCCGAGCAUGGAUCUCGGUAUGCUGGGUAAGAUCGAAACAGGUCAUCGCGCCAACAUCUUCUCGGUCAAGUGGGCUCCCAACGCCUCCGAACGUCGCCUCUUCACCUGUGCGGGCGACUCUCAUGUCCGCGUUUUUGACAUCAACCACAUGUCUGCCGGCACGAGUCACAUCCAAGGAGCAGAAGGAGAGCUCGUCCGUACGCCAACAGGUCGCGAGUACAACGUCUGGCCUGAGCAUAGCAGUGCAUGCGUUCGUCUCUUCCGCUGUCACCGCGGCAGAGCCAAACGCAUCUCCACAGAAGUUUCUCCUGACGUCUUUCUCACCUGUGGGGAGGACGGCGAUGUGCGACAGAUGGAUCUUCGUGUACCUCACACCUGUCGCAGUCGAACGGGGGGAUCCUGCCCUCCACCUCUUGCACACUACCCGUCGGUUCUCUACUCGCUCUCCGUCAGCAAAGUCGAGCCGUGGCUCUUUGCUGUCGCUGGAGAAGCGCCGCUAGCCUACCUUCACGAUCGCAGAAUGAUUCCGAGACUCACAAGGCGCGACUGGGGCAUGUCCUCGAGCAGCAUGGACCAACAACGCGAUGCGCUCACUAUGUGUGUCAGAAGCUUUGGCAUCCCGCCCGGAGGCUUCGAAGCCCCGUGGGCAGCAGAAGACGGUCGCACAGCUCUGAUCGACCGAGCACCGCCCUCAAGUACCAAUCGUCGCCUUCUCAUGGGCAACCGCAACAGCAUCACUGCCUGCAAGCUCAGCGAGCACAACGGUAGAGACCUUCUGGUCUCAUAUUCGUCGGGCCACAUCUAUCGAUUCGACAUUUACGACGAGCCAGGCGUUCUGCACGCUAACCUGGACAGUGUCAGACUAUCUGCCGACUCUGAUCAGAGCUCUCCAUCGCCAGCGUAUGAGGACGUCACUGGGCUGCAAGCAGGGCACGCGGAGUCAGCAGCCGAGCAAGGCAGAGAUCUCGAAGAAGACCAACAGCAUGCUGGCCAGCGCGAGAGUGAGCCCGACAAAGACAUCGAAAGCGUUGACAGCGCAUCAUCGAUCGCAACUGAAUCAGGCGAGACGAUUCAUGAUGAAGAACUGGAAGGUUUCGACAGCGACAUUCGAGCAGAGAACAGCGUUGAUGAUGCCGACGACGGAGUCGAGAUCGUGAUCGAAGACAUGGACGAAGCAGAGUCAGAGCGAGACGAGCACACAGACUCAGACGACGAAGGAGACCUCUCGGACGACGAUCUGAUGCAUCUCCUACAAGAAGACGAAAUCCAGCCAUCGCUCACAGCCUUUGACGAGGGCAAAAAUGUACCCACGGUCUAUCCACGAUCCGCAUACAAGGGGCAUUGCAACAAAGAGACGGUCAAAGACGUCGCUUUCGCUGGUGGAACCGAUAACUAUGUCAUCUCUGGUUCUGACGAUGGCAACUGGUUCAUGUGGGACAAGCUCACCGCUGAGAUCAAGGGCAUCUGGCACGGCGACUCGAGCGUUGUCAAUGUCAUGGCCAUGCAUCCCGAUUUGCCAGUGUUUGCGAUAUCUGGAAUCGACGAUACCAUCAAGAUCUUCGCCCCUGUCACUGUCACUCCGUUCCCACCUGCAAACAGCGGCUUGAGAUCACAAGCUGACACGCGGUCCCACAGAAGCGCGGAUCGACUUGCGGACAAGGAAGAGAUCUGCAGAAGGAACGAAAGCCAAAUAGCGAGGGAUCUGGUUUCGCCAGCAGCCAACAUUCUUUGGCGACUGCAUCCGCGUUUGCUUGGACUUGAUCUGGAUCCGGAUACAGAGCGUCAGAUCGAAGGCGAUUGCGUGAUCAUGUAG